AUGGAAGUGAAAACUGCAAAGGCAUUGGAUAGGAUUGCACUCAAAUUGAAGAGAAAGCGAGCUACCCAAUAUGAUGCACAUAUAUGUGGAGCUUCACAACCAACAAACGGGGUUGUCAAACAGAUAAAAUUGGGUGAAUAUUGCAAAAAGAUUGCAAAUUCUGGUUCACAUAUUGGGCAGUCCUUGAAUAAACGCUUUUUAAGUUAUAAGAAGAGUGGGAUACCAGCACAAUUGAUGUUCUAUAAGGAUGGUGAGUGGUUGGACUUUCCUAACAAUAUUCUUGACUUGGUUAAGAAAGAUCUUGAAAUGAAGAAUUCGGUUGUGGAGUGGAAGUUGAGGGAGUUCAGUGAGGAGUCCAAUUCUUUGGUUAAGGGUAUUAGAAUUGAUACUAAACAAGACUUGUAUACCCCAAAUCUUGCUUGA